AUGUCCAGUGCCGAGUUUGCUGCAGGGUGGCUUUCGGGGGCAGCGGGGCUGGUGCUGGGGCACCCCAUCGACACGGUGAAGGUGCGGCUGCAGACCCAGGCUGGCUACCGAAGCAUCCCGGACUGCCUGCUCAGGACCUACCGCAACGAGACGGUCUUUGGGUUCUUCAAGGGGAUGAGCUUCCCGCUGCUGAGCGUGGCCGUGGCCAACUCCCUCAUGUUUGGGGCCUACAGCCACGCCCUGCUCUUCCUCAGCCACACCCACCACCGGGACCGGAGCGCCAACCCCCCCAGCGCGGCUCACGUCUUGGGGGCCGGCUGCUUCUCGGGCCUGGUGCAGGCCGUGGCCCUGGCCCCCGUGGACCUCAUCAAAGUCCGGCUGCAGAACCAGACCCACCACCGGUGCAGCCGCGGGGCCCCUCCAGGGGCGGCCCAGCCCCGGUACAGGGGCCCGGUGCACUGUGCGGCCAGCAUCCUGCGGGAAGAGGGGGCCCGGGGCCUCUUCCGUGGGGCCUGGGCCCUGGUGCUGCGCGACACGCCCACCACCGCUGUCUACUUCCUGGCCUACACGGGACUCUGCAGGGCCCUGACUCCAGAGGGGCGGCAGCCAGGCCCAGGCUCGGUUCUCCUGGCCGGCGGAUGUGCCGGGACGGUCUCCUGGGCCCUGGCGACCCCGCUGGACGUGGUGAAGGCCCGCUUGCAGAUGGACGGGCUGCAGCCGCCGGGGGCGAGAUACCGAGGGGUCCUGGACUGCAUCCUCACCAGCGCCCGGCGGGAGGGGCCCCUGGUGCUGCUGAAGGGGCUCUCCCUGAACAGCCUCCGGGCCUUCCCCGUCAACGCCGUCACCUUCCUGAGCUACGAGAGCCUCCUCAAGCUCCUCAGCGGCGGCGGCUGCUGAACACCCGAGUCUCUGGCACUUUCCUCCCUGUUCUGCCCGAGCUCCUCCGCUAGAUGGCAGCCCAGGGCAGGCCAUGGGGGCUGCGGGGGGGGGUGGCCCCUUCCCCCUGGCCAGGCGGGCUGGCUGCACAGACCCCAAGCGCUGCUGCUGCUGCUGCUCUCCCUUUGCUGCAAUCCCUUCUGCUGUGGAGUCCAAGCACGGGCCAGCUUCCCGACAACACAGAGCUCUUGCCCAGCAAGAGGGGCACGGAGGAGCCCUCCCCUCCCCAGGAGCGUCUCCACAGCCUCCAGGUGGUGCACAAGAGGAAACUGCCCCAGGAGGAGGCCGGGCCCAGGAGGGCUCCCUCCCUCCUCCCUCCCUCCCACAGAGACCCUCCCCAAAACCACCAGGGUGCCCCAGUCAGGGCAGAGGGACGUGGCCUCACCUGCGAGUCUCUUGCACACUGGCCACGGAGGAGGACGAGCCUCUCAAGCCCCCAACCCAGCCUUGCCCUGGGCCAAAAUGGGACUAGCCCUCAAGGGUUGGGGAGGCUCCACUGGACAUCCCAGAGCUGACCACG